GGCGUAUCAAGACGCAGCCAUUCAGUGAUUCUUUGCCUGUCAAUGUGGAGGUGGGCACCGCGUAGAUCCACGGCACCGAAGGCAACCCGUUCUCCGAUAUGGCGACAAAAUUUGGCAUCGCGCUUAAAGAGGUCGCUCCGCGGAAUCCGUGGCUGCAUCCUGGUGCGUGCAAGAACUUUAUUUUCUUCGACGGCAACGAGCAACUACCGCAAGAACAAGUCGACGAGACGUGGAAGUGGCAAGAUCUUCUUAUGCACAAGCUGCAGGCGCUGGCAACGUCGCCGGACGCUACUGAUCACCAGGAGAAGGCACUUUGGGGUAUCGUCGGCCACCUUAUCGAGUCGCACGAGGAACUCCGUAACGUGAUGAAGGCCCCGAAUGCACGCGCGAGAUUGGAGAUAUGUCUGAAGUUGAUUGAGCUCUGGAUGGGGGUGGAUGGCGACGAAGUGCAGCUCGACGAGUUCAUCGACAUUGAACUGAUCGGUGAUGACGCUGGUGCUCAUUGCAUCGUUCCUGAAGGAAUGGAGCGCUUCAUUGACCACUUGGUGGAGCCUGUGAAGGACUCGAUCCACACGAACGUGGUCGUCACCUCCAUCAACUAUGAAGGUGCACACGGCGUUGUGAUCAAGUGCAGUGAUGGCAAUUGUGUGUCGGCUGACCACGUGGUUGUGACUUCAUCGCUCGGGCUCCUAAAGUCCGGCAAGCUGCACUUCCAGCCCGAGCUGCCGGCACCAAAACUUGGCGCCAUCGAGCGCUCCAAGAUGGGUCAAUACAUGAAGAUCCUCGUACAGUUCCCGGAAGUGUUCUGGCCUGAGGACUGUACUUUCAUCGCACAGAUCAAGGAAUCGUCGGCUGAUGAAGUCGACUCGGAUCGCCGUAUCUACUUUCCGGUAGUUUUUAACUAUCAUUUUGCGAAGGGUGUGCCUAUCAUCGAAGGAGUUUUGGUCGGCGAGAACGCCAGCAAAGUCUCUGCUACAUUUACGGACGAGGAGAUUGCGCAUGCGCUUUUUCUACAGCUGCAAGACACGUUUGGUCCGAGCAUCCCAGGUCCAGUGGACCACUUCAUUACAAGAUGGGAUCAGGAUCCGUGGUCGAUUGGUGCUUACAGCUCUCUUACAGUGGACAGUACGGAUGAGGACCCAGCGAUCCUACGCCAGACUUACCAGGGCGAACUGCAAGCGGCGUACCUCUCCGGUGCGUACUAG